AUGAGCGAUAAAGAGGAUGAGAGAGUGGAGGAAAAUAAGAGGAAUCCGAGAAAAAGACAAGGAUCUCAAGCGAUUGAAAUAUCUGCAUCUUCGUCAUCUUCAUCUUCGAAUUCGAAUUCGAAUUUACCACCAUGGGUGGCUGGUGAGAUUUUUUGGGGCGAGGAAAAUUUAAUUUUUGAAAAAAAUACUCGGAAAAAUUUACUGUUUCAAAAUUUUAAUGAAAAAACUUGAGAAAAGUUAAAAUUUGAUUAUGGAUAAUAACCUUUUGAAAAUUCUUAUUCGAAAAAACAUUAAUUUUGGGCUCUAGAAAUUUUCAAAUCUGAAAUUUUAAUGAAAAAAAUAUGAGCACAAAAAUUUCAGCAGCAGAGAAAUUUUUGAAAAAAAUUACUGUUUCAAAAAUUUCAGGAAAAAAAUUGAGAACAUUUCAAUUUUGAAGCAUAGAAAAAUUUUUCGCUCUAAAAAAUUUUCAAAUCUGAAAUUUUAAUUUAAAAAAUAUGAGCACAAAAAUUUAGUUUUGCAACAGAAAAUUUUUUGAAAAAAUUUACUGUUUCAAAAUUUUUAUGAAAAAAAUUGAAAAAAAAAACAUUUUUCGCUCUAAAAAUCUGAAAUAUUGAUUUUAAAAAACUAUGAGCACAAAAAUUCAGAGAAUUUUUUUAAAAUUUACUGUUUCAAAAUUUUUAUGAAAAAAUAUCGAAAAAAAAUUUGUUUGUAUUGAAAUAUUUUUCCGGGAAAAUAUACGUUUCAGAUUUUUCUGAAAAUUCUUGAAAUGAAGAUUUUUCUGAUUUCACGUUCAAAAGAAUGUUAAACCAUAGUUUCUGAAUAUUUUCCUACUUCAGAAUUUCGCUGUUUCAAAAAUACUUGAAUUUCAGGCGGUUCCCCGGCAAAAUUCAUAAGCCACGAUGAAAUUCUCAAAAUGUCCACAGAAUUGGAGAAUUUGGAGCUGGUUCAUGAAAUUGCAAUUGAUCCCAAUUUUUCGAUACCCGAUAAACCGAAAAAUCCAAUUGAGGCUUGUGUAAGGUUAGUUGGGUGACAAAAAUUCACUGUUUCAAGGAAAUUUGAAAUUAUGGAAGUUUUUAUUGAUUUUUGAUGGGUUUUCCUAACAAUCCAGUAUUUUACGAAACAGAGCUAAUUAGCCAAAAUUUGAAGAUUUUCGAAAUUAUUCAGGUAAAUCAGUAUUACUAGAAGUUUUCUCUGGAAAAAUCAGGAUAUUUAUGAUUUUCAAAAAAUCACUGUUUCAAAAAAAAAAAAAAACAAAAAAAAACUUUUCACGAUUUUUAAAAAUUUUAAAAAAUUCUGACGAUUCUAUGUUCAAACUAACAAAAAUCUCAAAAAUUCAGAAUUUUUUAGAAAUUCAGAAAUUUUUAGAAAUUCAGAAAAUUCAAAAAUUUAACAAUGAACAUUCAGAAAUUUAACAAUGAAAAUUCAAAAAAUUCAAAAAUUUUACAAUGAAAAUUCAGAAAUUUUUAGAAAUUUUUGGAAAAUUCAGAAAUUUAACAAUGAAAAUUCAGAAUUUUUUUAGAAAUUCGGAAAAUUAAGAAAUUUAGAAUUUUUUUAGAAAUUCAGAAAUUUCAGAAAUUUUUGGAAAAUCAGAAAUUUUUAGAAAAUCAGAAAAUUCAGAAAUUUAACAAUAAAAAUUCAGAAUUUUUUUUAGAAAUUCAGAAAUUUUCAAAAAUUUUUAGAAAUUCAGAAAUUUAACAAUGAAAAAAUUCACUGUUUCAAAAUUUUUCCAAAAUUCCAGAAUUUCUAUUGAAUUUUGGUAGUCAGAAUUCUGAAAAUCAUCAAAAAAAUCAAAAUAUUUUUUUUUGCAGAGAAAACAUGCACAAAGCGUAUUUCGAACUUUUGCGCAAAGAUUUAUCCAAAAAUCCGCCCGAAUACGAAUAUUGUUUUGGAUUUUUGAUGGAAAUUAAGACGGUGAGAAAAUUUUCUGAAAAAUUUAUUCAAAAAUAAAUUUUUUGCAGAUGAUUUUUGGAUGAUAUUUUGACUGCACAACAUGUUAGAUUGAGGGAACAGGUUAAUGCGAUUUUGGAUGAAUGUGGGUUUUUUUGGGGGAACAUUUUUUGGAAAUUUUUUAAAAUUUGAUGUCAAUUGUGCUGGAAUUUGGAAAUUUUCAAAAAAAAUUUCACUGUUUCAAAAAAUUGCAAAAAAAUGAGAUCCUAGAUUAAUUUUUCAAUUGAAAAAUCAUUUUCAAAAUUUUUGGUCCCGAAAAAAAAUUUCGAAAAAUUAAUCCAAAAAUUUACUGUUUCAAAAAAUAGUUGAAUACAAUUUUUCUGGCGUUAUUUGUUCCUUUAUGCAUUCAAAAGAAUUUCAAAAAAAAAAUCCAGGAAAAAUAUCAAAAAAAGUCACUGUUUCAAAUUUUUAUUGAAAAACUAACAAUUAAUUUUUCAAAAAAAAGUUUACCAAAAUUUCACUGUUUCAAAAGUUUUUCAAAUUUUCUUGAAAAACUACUCUUUGAUAUAUAAGGAAUUCAAAAAACAUGAAAUUUUUCAGGAAAAAAUACCAAAAAAAAGUCACUGUUUCAAAAUUUCUUUUUUUUGUGAAUUCAUUUUUUGACAGCAAUUAAGCUUGUUUGCCAAAAAUUUACUGUUUCAAAAGUUUUUCAAACUUUCUUGCAAAACUACUCUUUGUGAAUUUAUACGGAAUUCGAAAACCAUGAAAUUUUUCAAGAAAAAAUACCAAAAAAAGUCACUGUUUCAAAAUUUCCUUGAAUCUUUGAAUUUUUUUUUUGACAGCAAUAAUGCGUUUUUGCAAUUUACAAAAUUGACUGUUUCAAAAUUCUCAUAAAUUUCCCAAUAUUUUUGAAAACCUAAUGUUAUCAAGCUAUCCAAUUUUAAAUAAUUGAUAAUCACUGUUUCAAAAAUUGUUUUGAUGAAUAAAAAAUUUGAUAUUACCAAUUAUGGCAUAGUUUUUGAAAAAAAAAUGAGAUCCUAGGAAAAUCAUUUUCAAAAUUUUUGGUCCCGAAAAAAAAUUGCGAAAAAAAUUAAUUCAAAAAUUCACUGUUUCAAAAAAUAAUUGAAUACAAUUUUUCUGGCUAUAUUUGUUCUCUUAAGUUUCCGAAUUAAUUUUUAAAAAAAUUCCAGGAAAAAAAUACCAAAAAAAAUGUCACUGUUUCAAAAUUUUAUUGAAAAACUAAAAAUUAAUUUUUGAAAAAAAAGUUUGCCAAAAAUUCACUGUUUCAAAAAUUCAUUGAAUCUUUGAAUUUAUUUUUGGAAAACUAAUAUGCAGCUAAUAAAUAUCAAAAAUUCACUGUUUCAAAAUAUUUUCAAAUUCUCUUGAAAAUCUACUCUUUGUGAAUUUAUACGGGAUUCAAAAGAAUUAAAAUUUUCAGGAAAAAAUACCAAAAAAAAGUCACUGUUUCAAAAAAAUUAAAAAAUUUUGAAAUUUUCCAUGUUCGACAGUUUUUUGGCUUACAAAAAAAUUUAAAAAAUAUAUUUUUGAAAAAUUUUUGAGAAAAAAAUAAAUUGACUGUUUCAAAGUAUUUUUUAAAUUUUAAAUUUUGAUUUUUCAUAAUUUUUAAAAAUAUAAAAAUUGACAAAUUUACUCAUGGAAAAAUUCACUGUUUCAAUUUUUUCUUAAUUAAAAAUCGACCAUUUUCCCCUGAAAAAUUGACUGUUUCAAAAUUCUCAUAAAUUUCCCAAUAUUUUUCGAAACCUAAUGCUUUCCUGCUAUAUAAUUUAAAAUUAUUGAUAAUCUUUUUUUUUGCAGCCACACUUCGAAAUAAAAUGGAACAAGAAGCAUUGAAUAUCAAUCAAAUAAUGAAUUAUGUCAUCGAAUUAUUAUCUCGAUUAUGUUGUCCAGAAAGAGAUCAAUUAAUUGAAGAAUUGAAGAAAAAAUCGGAUAUUAUCGAUUUAUUCAAGUAGGUUUUGUUUUUCUAUAUUUGCCACGUCAUAACUCUUUCCAGAGGAACUAUGGAACUAUUGGAACUCAUGAAAAACGACUUGACAAAUUAUCAAAUUUCACAAAAUCGCACGGCCAUCGAAGAAUACAGUGCGAAACAUGAGUAUGAGAAAUUUCAGCAAUUUUUGGCUGAAAAUCCGAGUGGAUGUGAUUUGACGAGAAAAUGGUUGAGUAUUGCGUAUGAUGAAUUAUUUGUGAAAAAAAAUGAAAAAAAUGAUAAGAAACGGGAGAAAAAGGAGAAUGAGGAUAUUGAGAAAUCGGAUGGAUUAUUGGUGGAUACGACGAGUCGAGCUUAUGUUAAGUGCGUUUUUUUGGGGGACCAAAAUUUGAAUUGGGAAUUUUUUGCUCACUGUGACUGAACAGAAAUUUCAAAAGUUAUCCAAGAAUUUUGAAGCAGUAGAUUUUGGUGAGAAAUUUGGAAUUUUUUGAGACCAAAUUUUUAAAAUCAUGAAAAAAUUCACUGUUUCAAUUUUUUCAAAAUUUAUCAAAGAUUUUUACCCAGAAAAUGUACGUUUCAAAAUUCUCUAAUAGUUUUUUCCAAAUUUUUAAAUUUUGCUAAGGUCGAUAAUUACUGCCAAAAAUUCACUGUUUCAAAAAUUUUUGAAAUUUUCCAGGUUUGACAGUUUUUUGACUUACAAAAAAUUUAAACAAAAUAUUUUUGAAAAAUUUUUGAGAAAAAAUUAAUUGACUGUUUCAAAGUAUUUUUUUUAAUUUUAAAUUUUGAUUUUUCAUAAUUUUUCAAAAUAUAAAAAUUGCCAAGUUUUUUCUCAUGGAAAAAUUCACUGUUUCAAUUUUUUCUUGAUUAAAAAUCGACCAAAUUCGAUAAUUACCGCCAAAAAUUCACUGUUUCAGAAAAUUUUGAAAUUUUCCAUUUUCCAAAAUAAUUCCAAUGAUUCCAAAUAAUUUCAAAAUUUUUUUGAAUUCCCGGUUUUUUUUGGAUUUUUCCAAAUUUCUCAUUCCAGACUCGUUCAAUCCGAAAACCCAUCUCCAUUCCCCGAAACUAUGAAAAUCGACAAAAUUCGAAUUCAAGCACUCGCCGAAAAAUUCUCCCAAAUCGUAAUUUGUGCCUCGGCUGUUUUUGUGACGUGUAAUGUGGCUGGAAAAGAGGUUUCCGAAAAAUUGGGAUUCAAAAAAGAGUUGAAAGAUCAUUUGAUUGCGAUUACGAAUAAUGUGGAUGAAGAGUGAGGGUUUUUGAGGGGAAAAUUGGUAUUUUUGAAAAUUUCACAAUUUUUGGAGAUUGAUUCAUUUUCAGCUCAAAGUUUUUUUUUCCCGGAAAUUUUAGGUCUUGAAAAAUUGAUUUCACUAAUUUUAAGAAAAAAAAUAAUUUUUGAAUAUUUGAAAAAUUUACUGUUUCAAAAUAAGGUUAUUCAGUUUUUUAGAUUUUUGAAAAUUAAUACAGAAGACGCACUUUUUUAAUGUGAAAAAUCUCACUGUUUCAAAAUUUUUAUGAAUUUAUUUUCAAAAAAAAAUUUUCAAUGUUAGUUUUUCCAAAACUAUACCAGUUCUGAGAAAUGCGAAAAAUUUACUAUUUCAAAAAAUUUUGAGAAAAAUAAAUUAUGAGGAAUUAAAAUAAUAUUUGAACUGUAACGUUUGAAAAGUUUUAAAAAAUUAAAAAAAAAUGUUUUUUGAAAAUUUACUGUUUCAAAAUUAAUUUAAUGAUUUCUCAGGGUUUUUAAAAACUGAAAAAAGCUAGAAGUUAGAUAAGUUUCUGUAAAAAUCUCACCGUUUUAAAUAAUUUAAAAAAAAUUCAUGUUUUUUUUUUAAUUUUGAAAAAAAAUUUAUUUUUUUUAAAUUUGAAAAAAAAUUUAUUUUCUUUUUAAUUUAAUUAGUAAAUAAUUUAAUUAUUUCUCGGGGUUUUUAAAAGCUAGAAAUUAGCUUUCUAACAAGUUAAUUAACAAAUUUCUGUAAAAAAAAUCUCACUGUUUCAAAAUUUUGGGAAAAACUAGUGGUUUCCGGGCGUGUUGUUCAAAUUUGUCCAUUAACCACCCUGGCGUAAUACUUGGCGCAAAAUUAAUUAAAAAAAAACAUACGUUCAAACUAAUGUUCACUGAUUAGACAUAGUCUGGGCCUUCGGCCCAUACUUAGCUAAGUCUAAACGUGAUCAAAGUCUGGCCAGAAGGCCCAUACUAAGACUAAAAGGCUAAAUCCCUCACAGUUCAAACAAGCGGAUGAAACGUGAAAACAAAUUAUCAACGAUGGCGAUUUCGCAAUAUUUAUUGAAAAUAAAACAAAUUAUACCAAUAAUUAUACCAAUAAGUUGAAUUUCCGAUUGUCGAUGUCCUUGUUGAUGUCGACAUCUGAAAAUUGUUGAAUUAUGAUUGAUAUGAGAAAAUGAUAAUUUCAUCGAAAUUUUUUGAUAAUUUAGAGUUUAGGUCAAUAAUAAUUGUUUGUUUCUGAAAGUGUAUAUUAUUGGAAAAACAAUUUGGCAAAAAAGCGAGGACAGAAAGAAAUAUCAUUCAAUUUCGGAUUUGAGUAGUUUUUCAACUUCUAAACUGGAUCAUAAAUCGAUGCUUAUUCUGAAUGUUACAACUAAAAUUCUCAUUAAUAUCAGUAUUUUUCAUUUUUCUGAUUUUCUAAUCUUGGCCGUAAAAUUUUCAAUUUUUCUUGAACUUGAAACUUGAAUUUUUUCGAAACACCGCCAAAUUCAUUUUUUUGAGUUCAAAAACCAUUGGAAACUUACAAUUUUUGAAUUAAAAAAUUUAGAGAUUUUUAAAAAGUUGAAUUAUAUUUUAAAAUAUUUAGUGUUUGAAUUCGACACUUGAAAUGAAUUGCGAAUUGUUUUAAAUUAAUCUUAAAUUUGGAGUUAAAUGUUUUUUUUUCAAAUUAAAAAUUAAGUUUAUUGGUUUUGAAAUUGAAUGAGAAAUUACGAUGAAAUUCAUAGGAAACUGUUUUUUCGACGAUGAAAUGAGCACUUUUUGUUAGAAAUUUAUUGUCGUCUGUUUUUGUUUUUUUUUCUUUACAUUUUGAGAUUCAGAAAUGAAGCUAGGAUUUUUGUUAGAAAAAACCCAGGUGUUUAUUACCGAAGAAGGUUUUUGGUAUGGGAAUUAUCUUAAAUUUUUAUUUUGAUUUCAAAGCAAUUUUUAUUGUUGAAAAAUUAUUUUACAAAAAGAAAAAAACUCACAUGAGGUUUCCGCGUGACGAGUUCCCGGUUCAUCAGCGCAAUUGUUUUUUGACCUGUAAGAAUGUUUUUAUUAAAUAUGAUUUCACAUUAAGAAAAAGUAAAUUUCUCAUUUUAUAUUUCUAUGCUGGUUGUAAGAUGAAUAUAUAAAAUGCGAUGUUGUGAAAAAUUCAGAUUUCUGUAAAUUGCUUAUAAUCUCUGACCGCUGCUGAAAAACCUGAGAAAAAUUGCGAUCAUGGGCCAUGUUCUAAUUUUCAUUAGAAAAGUUCGAACCAAGUUGUAUUUUUCACUCCAAUUCGACCUUUUCAGUAUUUGGCCGCAUCCUAUAAUUUAUUCCAUCUAAAAAUAACAAAGUGCUCGAAAUCGACCAAAAAUUGGAAUCGAUUCGAAAUGGAUGAAUAAAAAAGACAUGGCUGAUAAUAUUUCAGCUCAUCUGGAAAAAGGAACUUAGAAGAAAUCAGCUCCGUUCUAGGAAUUCACAAGGAACGCCCUAGAGAAACUUAGCAGCGUUCAAUGUUCAAUUUUCUUCAAAGUAUGAACCGAAGAUUUCUAGAAAACCACUGUUUUCCUAAUAACUGAUAGAAGCGCAUGUUUCUCAAAUAGAGCAGUUUGUCUCUUGAGAGUGAAUAACUCACUUCUUUCCCUUGUUGACCAUAUCCAUGUGGUUUCAAGUGCAGCGCCUGGAAAAGAAACGUUUUUUUUUAAUAUCAAAUAGAAAGUUGAGUUUGACUUACGCAUUGAAACCUCCAAAAAAGGCGAUAAAAAAUGAAUGAAAAACGAAGAAAAAGAAGAAAAAUGAAAAAAUGCACACGCCACUCGAGUGUUACAGUACUCUCGCGCGACAAGACCCAAAAUUUCAACAAAUGGCUGUCCCUUUUUUCGACGAAACCAGCCGUUUUUGGUUUUCUUUUUUUUAUGUAAAGAAGAUAAAUUAUGAGGAAAUAAAAUAUUCGAACUCUGUCGUUUUCGAAGUUAUUUUCUAUGAAAAAAUCCACUGUUUCAAAAUUGAAAUAUUUUUUGAAGUUGAGGGUUUCAAUUUGAUUCUCGGUGCUUUUCGUCAAUUUUGUGAAAAUAAUCUUUGACACUAAAAUUUCUUUAAAAUUCUGAGAUUUUUUGUAGCAAAAUUUACUGUUUCAAAAUUAAUUUAAUAAUUGCUCAGGGUUUUUAAAAGCUGGAAAAAGCUAGAAAUUAGACAAUUUCCUGUAAAAAUCUCAAAAUUUCCAGAUCGCUCUCCUCAGAUCUCGAAAAAAUGGCAGAACAAUGUGUAAAAGAGGCAAAACGCACAUCAGAAGAUCUAAAAAUCGAAUUCAGCGAUGAAAAAUCGAAUUUAAUUCGAAAUCAAAUAAAAGUGUUGACAAAUCUAGAGAAUCCAAUUCGAAGUUUGGUCAUAAAUCGAGUUUCAACUUUUGUCGAAGAAAUGUUGAGAAGUCCAACUACAGUACCACAUCGAUUAUUACCUGGAUUAUCUGUGGUUCAAUCGGAAUUGUGUGCUUUUACUGCGAGGUGAGUUUUGAAAAAAAAAAUUUAAAAAAAUGUUUGAAAAUCGCAUUCAAACUUCAUUUUAAAACAUAUAAACAUUCAAUUUUCAAUUAAAUUUUUGUCUGGAAUUCAUACGAUUUUUUUUCCCGCGAAUUUUACGUUUCGAAAAAUUUUGAUUGAAAAAAAUUGAUUGAAAAUUUUGAUUUGAAGGCUGCUUUUGCUAGAAAAAAUUCCUAAAAUUGAAAUUUUCAAGUUGAAUUUCAGGCUUUUUCUGAAAUUUUCCAAUAAUUUUCACUGUUUCAAAAUUCUUGUGAAUAUUUUGUCAAAUCAAAAUUUUCUAUUGGUUCUUUUUCUACCUCUAGAAAAUUAUACGUUUCAAAAAAAUUUUGAAAACAAAAAUUCGGAAAAUUUUCCUUGACUGAAAAUUACUACGAAUCCGAAAUUAUAUAGCAAAUAUUUUUUUUUCUGAAUUUUCCAAUAAUUUUUCACUGUUUCAAAAAAUUUUGAAAAGAAAAUUUCGACUAAAAAUUUUUAUAAUUCUUUUUAAAGUCCUAAUUUUCUGAAUUUUCCAAUAAUUUUUUCACUGUUUCAAAAUUCUUGUGAAUAUUUUGAUAAAUCAAAAUUUUCCUAUUGAUUUUUUGAUAACCUCUAGAAAAUUAUACGUUUCAAAAAAUUUUGAAAAUAAAAAUUCUGGAAAUUUUUCUUGACUGAAAAUUUCUGAAAUUUUCCCAUAAUUUUUCACUGUUUCAAAAUUGUGGGAAUAUUUUGACAAAUCAAAAUUUUCGGAAAAUUUCUUUUUCGGGUCCACAAAAUUAACGGUUUCAAAAAAUUUUGAAAAUGGAAAUUUUCUUGAUUUUUCAGCUGAUAAUAAGAAUCCGAAAAUAUAUUCAGCUAAAAUUUUCGCAGCAAAUUUUUUUUCUGAAUAUUUUAAUAAUUUUUCACUGAUUCAAAAAAUUUUGAAAAGAAAAUUUCGACUGGAAAUAUUAAUAAAUUUUUCAUUCAGAAUCGAAAUUUUCUGAAUUUCUCCCAUAUUUUUUCACUGUUUCAAAAUUCUUGUGAAUAUUUUGACAAAUCAAAAUUUUCUAAUAAUACUUUUAUUGAUUUUCAUCAUACCCUCUAGAAAAUUAUACGUUUCAAAAAAUUUUGAAAAUAAAAAUUCUGGAAAUUUUCCGUGAUUGUUCGAAAUUUUCUGAAUUUUCCAAUAAUUUUUUCACUGUUUCAAAAUAGCAUGACAAGUUUUCUCCCUUCCAGAUUUCUCCGCCUCUGUGUUCACAAUCGAAAAACCUUCUACGAACUCUAUCAAAGUCUAAUUCUCGAAUUUCAAGUCGACAAAGGCGAAAUCGAAUUAGAUCGAACAUUUUGCAAAGAAGCAAGUCCUUCACAAAAACCUGGAACAAGUUCCGAAUGA